UUUGUUGUUGUACAAAACCCUAAACCUCUCUUCUCUAUUUCAAACCAUGUCUUCCUCACUUUUAACUUCAUCUUCUUCAACAUUCUCUGUUCCCAAUCUCAACAACAACAACAAAACUCCCUCUUUAAACCCAUCAUCAUCAUCUGUAUCACUUUCGCUCACUAACCACACCCCAUUAACUCAAACCCUCAAGUCCUUCGCCAAAACCCUCAUAUUAGUGGGCACCACUCUCUCAAUCACCUCCAAUUUCCCGGCCAAAGCUCAAUCUCCUCCCGUCACUCUCACUGAAAACUUUACAUUAGAAGAAGAAGAUACCUUUGAACAAGGCAUUGAAUCUCUCAAAUCCCUUCUGCAACAAAAGCUUGAAAACGGCCAAGACCAAGAAUCUCUCACCAUACUUCAACGCUUAGUGGCGGCGCAGCCUGAAGUGAGUGAUUGGAAAUUCUUGAUGGCAAGAUUGUUAGGUGAAAUGGGUCGGACUCAAGAAGCCCGCAAUGUGUUCGAAGAAAUUCUUGUGAGAAAUCCCUUGUCGUUUGAGGCGUUGUUCGAGAACGCUUUGUUAAUGGACCGAUGUGGAGAAGGAGAAGCCGUUAUUAAAAGAUUGCAAGAGGCUUUGGAUUUGGCUGAAGAGGAAAACAAAGUGAAAGAAGCUAGAGAUGUGAGGUUGAUAAUGGCGCAAAUUCAGUUCUUGCAAAAGAAUGUAGAGGAGGCUUUGAAGAGCUAUGAAGAAUUGGAGAAAGAGGAUCCUAGUGAUUUCAGGCCUUACUUUUGUAAGGGAAUGAUAUAUAGUUUGCUUGAUAGAAAUGCCGAGGCUUAAGAGCAAUUUGCAAAGUAUAGACAACUUUCACCGAAGAAAUUUGAGGUGGAGGGUUAUUUGAGGACCCCUUUGUCGAGGAUGAAGGUUUUUGGAGCUAAUCAAGAAAAUGAUGGUAAUUGAUUUAUUGUUUUGAGUUCUUUUUUAAUAAAAAAUUUGUUGUUAAGUUUUGUAGUUUUAUUUGAAACUUGUCAAACAUGAUAUAGCCCGAGCUCGAACAGCCCAAAGCUCCAUUUGGCUCAGCUCUUUUACACCCCAAGAUAU